AUGCCGCCAGCCCACGAAGGCCCCGGCAUGGAUGGCGACUUCUUCGAACGCGGCUCCUCCAACACCUCCGUAUCCGCUUAUCCCCCAAAGCCUGAGACGUACUAUGGCGACGGACCCUUUGACCCCCCGAGCUCCGAUGACGAAGCUGACCAGCUACUUGAGAAGAGCGAGGAGCGCAGCGGCCGGAGGAUUGAGGAAGAGGGCGACUUGGUCAUUGGAAAGCGUGACAAGAAACGUCCGGCCUCCCUCAAAGCACUCAUCAUCGGGCUCUUCUCGUUGAUCUCCAUUGCCGUCGUAAUCGGUGUCUUCGCCGCGCGGUCAUAUACUGGCACGCCGUUCCGCAUACAAGGAGUCCGCCAUCUCACGAUGGACCAUAUGUUCAACGGUACCUUCUCUCCUCACGUCAAGUCUAUCAAUUGGGUACCCGAAGCUGGCGACGGCGUUUUCGCUGCCAUACAAGGGACAGGCAUCAACCUUGUUGAUCUCAAGACGAACACCUCGAGGCAGCUCGUCUCCUACUCCGACAUCAAGGAUGAGAAAGGCCUUCCGCUCAACUGGAUGACAUGGUCGAUCUCGUCUGAUAUGAAGUUUAUGCUCGUUAAGGCCAACCAUGUCAAGCAGUGGCGACACUCGAGCCACGGCAAUUUCUAUGUUCACGAGAUCGCGACGAAGAAAACGCAACCUUUGCUUCCACCUUCAAACCCUCCAGUGACGUCAUACGCGACAUGGUCUCCUACGGGUCAGUCCAUCGCCUUCGUGGCUGAGAACGAUGUAUAUGUCUCUCCCAGUCCCUUUGAGACUCCUCUUCGUGUCACGACCUCAGGAAAUGCCUCUCUAUUCCACGGCGUCCCCGAUUGGGUGUAUGAGGAAGAGGUGUUCGGCGCAGACUAUGCCCUCUGGUGGUCUCCGGACUCCGAAAAGCUUGUCUUCCUCCGCUUCGACGAGACCGCUGUCGACGAGUUCACCUUCCCGGUCUACAAUCCCUCCGAGGAUUCGUACGCUGUCGUGCCCUACCCCGAUCACGUCACCAUGCGCUACCCGAAACCCGGCUACCCGAACCCACUCGUCUCCGCCCACGUGUUCCGCCUGCAAUCCUAUCGCAACGUCCUGAGCGAAGUGACAGAUGACAGUCUCGACAAGAACGUCCUUGCACAACAGGCGACCGUGCAGCUCGAAUGGCAGUCUCAAGGCCAUACGACCCCGGAGAACCGAAUCAUCGCCGAGAUCGCGUGGGUGGAUGACGAAGGUCUUAUCAUACGUGAGGUUACGCGCAAUGGAGACGACGGAGCGGUAAUUUCCUUCGACAUGUCAACGCAUACGUGGUUCCAAGGCACGACAGUACGCCGGCUGGGCAAGAACGGGGAGCAGGGCGAUGAUGGCUGGAUUGAGGCUAUCCAAGAAAUCACACCUUUGCCGGAGGACUUGUGGUAUCAGGAGAACGUGCCCGCGUACCUCGACAUUGUUCCGACGCCGGAAGGUUUCAACCACAUCGCUCUCUUUAGCCCUGCGAACAGCACCACCCCACAUUUUCUCACCACUGGAGAGUGGGAGGUCACCAGCGGCAUCCUCGCAGUGGAUGCUAAGCGCCGUCUCGUCUACUUCCAGGCAGCAAAACCGUCUUCUACCCAGCGUCACAUCUACUCAGUACCCCUCCCGAAGACCCCAGGUGGGGAUGUCGAUGAACCUACAGCCUUGACGGACGUUUCUAGCCCUGGAUACUACGAGGCCGAUUUCUCACCUGAAGGAGGCUUCUAUGUGCUCAGCUAUAAGGGUCCUCACCCGCCCUGGCAGCGCGUCAACCGCGUUGGCGACGAAGAUUUCGACUACGUUCUGAGCGAGAACUCGGCACUCAAUGCCACGCUCGCAGAGUACGAAAUGCCCAUUGUGACGCACUCGACAAUCGAGAAUGACGGUUACGAAAUGAACGUGCUCGAGAUGCGUCCCCCACGCAUGGACGACACCGGGCGGACCAAAUACCCCGUUCUCUUCCGUGUCUACGGCGGGCCCGGGUCCCAGCUCGUCGACGUCAAGUACGGCCACGACUGGCACGACUACGUCGUUACCGAGCUCCAGUACAUCGUCGUCAUCGUCGACGGGCGUGGAACGGGACAUCGCGGACGUCGCCUCAGAAACCCAGUCAAGAAUCAGCUAGGGAAGUACGAGACAGCGGACCAGAUCGCCGCUGCGAAGAUAUGGGCCGCGAAGGAGUAUGUUGAUCCGAAGAGGAUCGGGAUCUGGGGAUGGAGUUACGGUGGCUUUAUGAGCUCGAAGGUUGUGGAGGCGGAUGCUGGUGUGCAUUCGCUGGCUAUGGCUGUUGCUCCUGUCACUAGCUGGCGACUAUAUGACUCGAUCUACACGGAGCGCUAUAUGGACCUCCCCAGCGCGAACCCGGAAGGUUACGUUACCGCGUCGAUCUCGAACGUCACCGGCUUCCACCAUGCCGACUUCCUGCUUGCGCAUGGCAGUGGGGACGACAACGUGCACUACGCCAACUCGGCCCACCUGCUCGACAUGUUCACGCGCGAUCGCGUGCGCAACUUCCGCUUCCGCAUGUUCACCGACAGCGACCACAGCAUUUAUAAGCGCGGCGCGAACAGGGAGUUGUACGAGUUCAUGACGGACUUCCUGCUCGAGAAGUGGGGCAAGGGUGGGAAGCGCCGGACGUGGUAG